ACAACCCCAUCGGUCUCUUCGCCAACAACCCCAUCCGCCUCUUCGCCAACACCAUCCGCCAUUUCGCCUACAACCCCAUCCGCCUCUUCGACAACAACCCUGUCCGCCUCUUCGCCAACAACCCCAUCCUCCUCUUUGCCAACAACCCCAUCCGCCUCUUCGACAACAACCCCGUCCGCCUCUUCRCCAACAACCCCAUCCUCCUCUUCGACAACAACCCCGUCCGCCUCUUCGCCAACAACCCCAUCCGCCUCUUCACCAACAACCCCAUCCUCCUCUUCACCAACAACCCCAUUUGCCUCUUCGAAAACAACCCCAUCCGUCUCUUCGACAACAACCCCAUCCUCCUCUUCACCAACAACCCCAUCCGCCUCUUCACCAACAACCCCAUCCUCCUCUUCGCCAACAACCCCAUCCGCCUCUUCACCAACAACCCCAUCCUCCUCUUCACCAACAACCCCAUCCGUCUCUUCGACAACAACCCCAUCCUCCUCUUCGACAACAACCCCAUCCGUCUCUUCGACAACAACCCCAUCCUCCUCUUCACCAACAACCCCAUCCGCCUCUUCACCAACAACCCCAUCCUCCUUUCCGCCAACAACCCCAUCCUCCUCUUCGCCAACAACCCCAUCCUCCUCUUCGACAACAACCCCAUCC